AAACAACUGGAUGUUAGAAAAGUCCACUCAAAUAUCGCCACCUCUCCCCUACAUCAACAACUCCAAACCCUCUUCCUCUCCAUCUCCACCACCAUCUCUCCUCUUUAUUUCCUCGCCUUUGGCAAACCCCUAUCUCCCAAAUCUCUCCACCCCCACCGUCCCAGGGCAGUUCCACCAGAUCAGCCAAAAUGGGCAAGGGUGGAUCUCUAAGUGACAGUGUUCUGAAAAAGAUCUUGCUUUCCUACACCUAUGUAGCCAUCUGGAUCUUCCUUUCCUUCACUGUUAUCGUUUACAACAAAUACAUCCUUGACAAAAAGAUGUAUAAUUGGCCAUUCCCAAUAUCUCUAACCAUGAUCCACAUGUCUUUUUGUGCCACUCUUGCCAUCCUUCUCAUUAAAGUUUUCAAAUUUGUUGAACCUGUUUCCAUGUCUAGAGAUGUUUAUCUCAAAUCUGUUGUUCCCAUUGGUGCUUUGUAUUCUCUGAGUCUUUGGCUUUCUAACUCUGCUUAUAUUUACUUAUCUGUUUCUUUUAUUCAGAUGUUAAAAGCCCUGAUGCCUGUUGCUGUUUAUUCAAUUGGGGUUUUGCUUAAAAAAGAGAACUUUAAGUCUAAUACUAUGGCUAAUAUGAUAUCAAUCUCUGUUGGUGUUGGGAUUGCUGCUUAUGGCGAGGCUAGAUUUGAUACCUGGGGGGUUUUUCUUCAGCUUGGUGCUGUUGCUUUUGAGGCUACAAGACUGGUAAUGAUUCAAAUCUUGCUUACUUCUAAAGGGAUUACAUUGAAUCCAAUUACCUCUCUUUAUUAUGUCGCGCCUUGCUGUUUGGCGUUCUUGUCUAUCCCUUGGAUUUUUGUGGAAUACCCUGUGUUGAAGGAGUCUUCAAGUUUCCAUUUUGAUUUUGUCAUCUUUGGGACCAAUUCUUUGUGUGCUUUUGCCUUGAAUCUCGCCGUGUUCUUGCUUGUGGGAAAGACUUCGGCCUUGACCAUGAAUGUGGCUGGUGUGGUUAAGGAUUGGUUGUUGAUCGCCUUUUCUUGGUCGGUUAUUAAGGAUACUGUGACCCCCAUUAAUUUGUUUGGCUAUGGGCUUGCAUUUUUGGGUGUCGCGUAUUACAAUCAUGCAAAGUUGCAGGCUUUGAAGGCGAAGGAGGCACAGAAGAAGGCUCAGCAGGCUGAUGAGGAGGCUGGAAGGUUGUUGGAAGGCAGGGAAGGAGAGGGAAACACGAAGAGAACUGAAUCAGAAGACUAACUUUUUACUAUUAAGAGUUUAUUUAGCUAUAAAGAUUGGAUGGAGAGAGCAUGGAAAUAAGAGCGGAAGGGACAUAUGGACCACCAAGGAUUGGUGUUGACGCAAGGGGAGUUUUGUGCUUCUGUUUGCUUUUGCUCAGGGGGCAUGCUGGUUCUAGUUUUAUGCUUUGUCAUAUGCUAGUUAUGGGUUUUAGUUAGUUGAAUGUUAGGGAUUUGAGAUCUGUGCAAUCGGCUUUGCCGAGUUGUCUUUUAUCAGAGUAAAAAUCUCAAAUGCCUGUAUUUUACCUUUUUUUACUUUAUUUAUUUAUUUAUAUAAUUGGUGUCCAUGUACGAACAUCUUUCAUUGAUGAAGUUUUAGCGCUUAUUUAUUCUCA